AUGGCGUGGUUGAAAAUUGUUGCUGCAGGAACUGUAGCAUUAAGUGUUUAUUUCUUGCGCCGUUUUGUGGUCGGGAAGGCCUGUGCUAGUUGCCGAUCUCUGAAGGGAAAGACCGUCAUUAUUACGGGUGCCAACUGUGGCCUGGGUAAAGCUACAGCAUGUGAACUGGCAAAGCGAGAGGCAAGAGUCAUCUUAGCUUGUCGCGACAUAGCCAAAGGCCAGGCAGCUCUGAAUGAAAUCCGCCAGGAGACAAGCGCAGGAGAAUUGAUUGUAAAACGACUAGAUUUGGCUUCUUUAAGAUCUAUCCGCGAAUUCACGGCAGAAAUCCUUGUGGAAGAAGAUCGCGUGGACAUUUUGGUGAAUAACGCUGGUGUGUUCCAGUGCCCGUAUUCAAAAACGGAAGACGGGUUUGAACAGCAAAUGGGCGUGAACCAUUUUGGACAUUUUCUGUUAACAACUCGUCUUCUCAACAUGAUCAAAACGUCUGCACCAAGCCGAAUAGUUAUCGUGUCUUCUGUUCUUAUGAAAAACGGCCAAAUUGACUUCUCGGAUGUUAAUAAAGAAAAAUUCUACGACAAAAAGCAAGCUUACGCUGAUAGUAAAUUAGCCGAAGCUCUGUUUUGCCGGGAACUGGCACAUCGUUUGGAGAACUCUGGUGUGGGAGUGUUUUGCGUUAGUCCAGGCAUGGUCUUAACUUCUCUGGGCCGACACGUCACCUCUCCUCUUAUGUCCUUGAUUUUCUGGCCGUUGGCGAGACUGUUGUUGAAGACUCCUCACCAGGGAUGUCAGACGGUGUUACAUUGCUGUCUGUCUGAGGACCUGGACGAAAUGUCAGGGCUUUUCUUCAGAGAUUGCUCUCAGGUGCCUUGGUAUAAUGUAGUAGAUGAAGCCACUGCCAAGAAAUUAUGGGAGCUUUCAGAACAACUGACAGCAGCUAAAAGUGCCAAGCCCUAAAAAUGUCGUUAUUUUGAAAAAAAAAAAAAGGUAACAUCUCGAUCGUUUCACAGUUGUUUCAUGUGGGCCUAGCCUGCAUUUAAGUCGAAAAUUUGAAAUGUGAGUCCGACGGUGAAAUGAUGUAUUAAUUUGGUCUCAUUAGUGUUUAUUUAAAUUUAUAAUUUGCAGUGUCACGUAUAGUGCUGAUAUAUGAGCUAGUGAGAAGUAUAAUGAAAAGUAGCCUACUUGAAGAUACUAAUAUCUCAGGUAUAUGAUAACAGACGAAUGUCAUCUUCGAUUGUUGCAUAGUUCUUUAACCUCUACUUUUUAAAACUAA